AUGGACUUGGGAGGUAACAUAUCUCCUUCCAUGGGGAAUCUCACUUUUCUUCGUUUUCUCAAUAUUGGAAACAAUAGUUUCCAUGGCAAAAUCCCCCACGAGAUCGGUAAUCUGAUUCGAUUACAGUUAAUUGUUUUUGAAAACAACACUCUCAAAGGAGAAUUUCCUACCAGCUUGGCCAACUGCACUCGUCUAAGAAGAAUUUACUUCUCCAAUAACAAUCUCGUCGGGAAGAUUCCAAUCGAAUCAUUGAAGUCUUUGUCAAAGCUGGAGGUUAUUUCUAUUAAUUUUAAUAGUUUAACAGGAGAAAUACCAGCUUCUAUUGGGAACAUUUCCUCCAUCCGAAGUAUCUCUUUGAAUGGGAAUGGACUGCAAGGGAGCAUUCCAGAAUCCUCUGGUCAGCUAACAAACUUAUACUUUCUAGCAAUUGGUCUAAACAAGUUAUCUGGUAUGAUCCCUGUCUCACUAUAUAAUCUGUCAUAUCUUGAAACGAUAUAUCUUACAGAUAACCAAUUGCAUGGGAGCCUUCCACAAGACAUAGGACUCACUCUUCCAAAUUUCAAAACACUAGGAAUUGGAGGGAACUACCUUUUCUCAGGGAGAAUUCCAAAUUCCAUCUCCAAUAUUUCAACACUCGAAACAAUUGAUCUCAGUGUAAAUAGUUUUGUUGGACCUGUUCCUAACAACUUAGGAAAUCUUCAAAACCUUCAAUGGUUCAGUAUCAGUGAAAAUCAAUGUGCAACAGGGGAAGCUGGUGAUUUGGAUUUUGUAAAUUCUUUGGUCAAUUGUACAAAUCUAGAGUUUUUGGAUAUAAGAUAUAAUGGUUUUAAGGGUCCACUUCCCAACUUUAAAGCCAAUCUCUCAACACAACUCUCAAUAUUUCUUUUGGGACAGAAUCAAAUAUCUGGAACCAUUCCUACUGGAAUUGAGAAUCUCUUCAACUUGACCUUCUUGGACAUGGAGUUCAACUUUCUAGAAGGUAAUAUUCCAUCUGUAAUAGGGAAGCUUCCAAAUCUUCAAAGAUUAUUCUUGAAUGGAAAUACACUUUCAGGACAGAUACCUUCCUCUAUAGGCGAUCUCACUAUUUUGUAUGAACUCCAUCUAGAAGAAAACAGCUUGAAUGGAAGCAUUCCUUCAAGCAUUGGAAAUUGUCAACAGUUACAGUACCUUACCAUUGAUAAUAAUAGCCUCCAAGGGCCAAUACCUAAACAACUCUUCCUUAUUUCCUCCUUAUCAUUAUCGCUCAACUUGUCUUCUAAUUCUCUGGUUGGUUCCCUUCCAAUUGAAAUCGGUAACUUGAAAAGUCUUUCUACAGUAGAUAUCUCCAAAAACAGAUUGUCUGGAGAAAUACCCUCCUCCAUUGGUGAUUGCAAUAGUUUGGAAUAUCUUUAUAUGGGGGGUAAUUUCUUUGAAGGAACCAUUCCUCAAUCUCUAACUCAUUUGAAGGGGCUUCAAGAUUUAGAUCUCUCACACAACAACUUUUCAGGGCAAAUCCCAAAAGAUCUAGAAAAGCUUUCAGCAUUUCAGAGUUUGAAUUUAUCCUUCAAUAAUCUUGAAGGGGAGGUACCAACAAAAGGAAUCUUCAGAAAUGCAAGUGCAAUUUUCGUGAAUGGAAAUGGUAGGCUUUGUGGUGGAAUUGUAGAGUUACAUCUGCCUGCAUGUACAAACCAUGGAUCUACGAAACGAGAAAAAAGAUCAAAAAGUAAACCUCCAUCCACCCCAUUAAUCGGUGAACGUUUCUUAAAACUUUCUUACAAAGAUCUCUUCCAAGCUACUGGAGGAUUUUCUUCAGCUAAUUUCAUAGGUUCCGGUACUUAUGGCUCUGUAUACAAAGGGAUUAUCGACCAAGAUGAAACCGUUGUUGCAAUCAAGGUACUCAACCUUCAACAUCCAAGAGUCUACAAGAGCUUUAUGGCUGAAUGCAAAGCAUUAAGAAACAUUCGGCAUCGAAAUCUUGUCAAGAUUUUAACUACUUGUUCAAGUCUUGAUUCAAAAGGCAAAGAUUUCAAACCCUUUGUUUAUGAGUUCAUGCCCAAUGGGAGUCUAGAUGAUUGGUUGCAUCUUCCAGUGGAGGCACAUAAUCAUUCAAGGAAUUUAAGUCUUCUUCAAAGAUUAAACAUCGCAAUUGAUGUGGCUUCUGCUUUGGAUUACCUUCACUAUAACUGUUAUGCACCAAUUGUUCAUUGUGACUUGAAGCCAAGCAAUGUUCUACUUGACAGAGAUAUGACGGCACAUGUCAGUGAUUUUGGUUUAGCGAGGUUACUUUUAGAACCUGAGGACAAUUCAUCUCAGACCCAAACUAGUACCAUUGGGAUAAAAGGAUCUAUUGGUUAUGCUGCUCCAGAAUAUGGAAUGGGUGGAAGGGCAACUAUACAAGGGGAUGUGUUUAGCUAUGGGAUCCUUUUGUUGGAGAUAUUCACAGGAAAAAGGCCAACAAAUCAGAUGUUUAUGGAUGACUUAAAUCUCCAUAACUUUGCAAAAGCAGCUUUACCCGCACAUGUGAUGCAAAUUUUAGAUCCAACAUUCCUAUCCAGGGAAGAACAAACUGAAGAAAUUGAAGAGGUUGUUACCAAUAGGAUGGAAGGUCCUAGUCAUAGGACAGAUCAAUUGCAAGAUUGCAUAACGUCAAUAAUUGAAAUUGCAGUCCAAUGCUCCAUGGAAUCCCCAAGAGAACGUAUGCGCAUGAAUGAUGUUGUGAGGAGAUUACAUUUAAUCAAAGGGAAAUUUUCUUGAAGCAAGAAUCUAUCAAACAAUCAGAGCAA